GCGUUUGUUCCCGGGGUAUGGAAAAAAGCCGACGUCAUCCCUGUACCUAAAAAUAAGGUGCUGAGGGACAUUACUAAAGACUUGCGUCCCAUCUCGCUUACUGCCACUUUGUCAAAAACGUGUGAACGUUUUGUCGCAGACUGGCUGAUGGAGUUGAUUGGUGAGAAGAUCGAUAAACGGCAAUUUGGAUCUCUAAAAAACUCUUCAACAACACAUGCAUUAUUGAGCCUUCUCCAUCACUUAUUAAACGAAACUGAUGUGCCGAAAAACGCUGUGAGAAUUUUUUUAUUAGACUUCUCCAAAGCUUUUGACCAUAUCGAUCAUAACAUCCUCCUCAGUAAAUUAUCUGAUAUGGACGUUCCAUCAUUAAUAACAAACUGGAUAAGAAGUUUUCUUACUCAACGAAGCCAACGGGUCAGAAUGCCCCAUUGUGUGUCAGAAUGGCAAAUCCUCAACGGUGGAGUACCCCAGGGAACUGGUUUAGGCCCAAUCCUCUUCCUAAUCAUGAUAAACGAUCUCCUCGCUGAUUGGAAAGACCGAUGGAAAUACGUUGACGACACCACCACUACCGAAACCAUUGGCCCAGAUUGUAACAGCAACCUUCAAGAACUGGUUAAUUACAUCAAUAAUUGGACUACGAGUAAUAAUAUGAAAUUAAACAUUGGAAAAUGCAAAGAACUGGUUAUUGAUUUUGCAAAAAAGAAGCAUUGCUUUCCCCUUUUAACAGUCGAUAAAGUUAAUAUUGAACGAGAGAAAUCUGCCCGUAUCCUUGGCCUCACAGUCCAAGAUAACAUGAAGUGGAAUGAACAUAUAAAUAACAUAGUUAAAAAAGCUAGCAAGAGGCUCUAUAUGCUAAGACUGCUAAAAAGGUCCAACGCGUGUAUUGACACGUUAAUUACUGUAUAUACUACCAUUAUUAGGCCUGUUUUAGAGUACGCAUGCCAGGUCUGGCAUUACAAUAUCCAACAAUAUUUAUGUGACGAUAUUGAAAAAAUACAAAAACGCGCGUUGAGAAUAAUCCUCCCAUCGCAAAAGUACGACGAAGCGCUGAUCACGACUAACAUCACGUCACUGAGAGAUCGACGAGAAAAAUUAUGCGAACAUUUCUUUGAGAAGAAUAUUGACAAUGAAAAUCUCAAAGAUCUUUUACCACAAACAGUUUUAUCUGGAUAUGAUCUAAGACCGAUAUGUAAAUAUCAUAAUUAUGUUUGCAGAACCGAACGUUUUAAGAAUUCGUUUAUACCUCAAAGUAUAUUAAAGAUUAACAGUAAAUAAGUUUUUAGAAAUGUAAAUAAUCUUAAAUAUGUAAUUAUUAUGUAAUUUUAACUUAUCCUCUUAAUUUAUGUAAUACUGGUGUAAUUUAACCUUUUUGGGUUACAAAGUCAGUAGUCAUUAAAUCAAUUCAAUUCAAUUCAAGUUUUAUGGACACAAAUAAGCCCUCAACGACUCCCAAGGGGCAUCUCCAGUAUUGUAAUUGGUACCGUUUACCAUCCGCCGAGCUCUAUGGAUUUCCUUAUGCUAGAUUACUUGUACAAUAGUUUAUCUUCUAUUGAAGCUAGUUUCCCAGGCUGUGGUAUAAUCCUCCUCGGUGAUUUUAAUCAAUUAAACGGCUCGCGACUCUGCAACUUCUAUAAACUUAAACAAAUAGUCAAUUUUCCAACGCGUGGUAGUAACACUUUGGACAAAAUUUAUACCAAUCUAAAGAGGUUUUAUAGCCCUCCAAUUAAGAUGUCCCCGUUUGGUUUGUCUGACCAUGCUUCUAUUGAAGUUAAACCUCUAGAGCGAACCAAUCUACCUAAACCCAAGAUCACCGUGAAGUCAAGGGACAUUCGGCCUUCGAAGCGCCUUGCAAUGCGUUUGUAUCUAAAGGAAGUUGACAUUUCAACACUAAUUAACAGUCAGAGGUCGUGUGAAGACAAAGUAAAGCUCCUGGAAUUAAUCAUUAAUACCGGGAUGGACAGGUUACUUCCUCUAAAGUCUAAGACCAUUGUAACAAGCGAGCCACCCUGGAUCAAUCAGUCUCUCAAAUGUUUGAUUCGCAAGCGCCAGAAAGCUUUAGACCAGGGAGACGAAGUUCUAUUUCGCACACUGAGAAAUCGAGUAAAUCGUGAGCGAAAAAUAUGCCGUGCUAAGUAUUACAAGUCUAAAGUCGAGCAUUUGAUGGAGUGCAAACCUGCAUCGUGGUGGAAAGAAGUGAAAAAGUUAAGUGGAAUGACAACUGUCAACUCAUCCCAGACAGACCUAGUCUCUACGCUACAGCAUAUUGGUCGUGAUCAAGGAGAGGGAACUGUCAGCAAUACUGUCCUUGCCAAUGUUAUCAAUGAGGCAUUCCUUGCCCCUAUGAGUCAUUUUACACCUUUACAAACCGAAGAAUUUGUACCAAACAGCCCAAUGUUCGAAUGCUGCUGCCUCCAAGUGUCCGAGUUUUCUGUUUACAAGAAACUGUCUACGUUAAAUCCAACUAAAGCAAGCGGACCCGACGGUAUACCGAGUUGGCUCUUAAAAGACAAUGCCGACAUAUUUGCUGCCCCAGUAUCAAAUAUAUUAAACCGUUCCUUUUUGGAAGCUCGACUCCCAUCAUCGUGGAAAUUGGCCAAUAUUUCACCAAUCCCAAAACAAAAGCAAAUUCUUGACGUAAAUAGCCAUCUUCGUCCUAUAUCUUUGACAUCUAUCCUCUCGAAAGUUGCGGAAGACUUUGUUGUAGAAGAAUUUGUAAAGCCUGCAGUUCUGAAGAAGGUGGAUCCAAAUCAAUUGACCAUUUGCGUAAUAGACUAAAUUUUGAUCUCAACAAAAAUUUCAUUACAGCUUGAAAGAGCAUCACAAAAUUAGUAAUAUUCCAAAGUUUCGUUACAAGAUGUUGUAAAAUGCGGAAAAUAUAGCCUUGCGAAAUUUGCAAUUUUCAGUCAUUUUAGAUUACAAACCGGAAAUUGACAGCCUCGAAGGGUUUGGGGCUGUCGUCAAUUUCCCGUUUGUAAUCUAAAAUGACUGAAAAUUGCAAAUUUCGCAAGGCUAUAUUUUCCGCAUUUUACAACAUUUUGCAACGAAACUUUGGAAUAUUACUAAUUUUGUGAUGCUCCUUCAAGCUGUGAUGAAAUUUUUGUCUAGACUUGUUUAGUUCAAAAUUUAGUCUAUUACGCAAAUGGUCAAUUUGGGACGAUACCUGGUAGUAACACCACCCAGGCCCUGAUCAGCAUGCUGCAUUCGUGGAAUAAAGCAACUGACGGUAGUGGCGCAACUGUCAGGACAGUAUUAGUUGACUUUAAGAAAGCUUUCGACUUGAUCGAUCACCAUAUACUUGUAGACAAACUAAAAUCGUAUGAUAUUCCUGAAAGCAUUGUUUUGUGGGUUAUUGACUUUCUUACUUGUCGCAAACAACGUGUCAAACUUGGUAACGACUGCUAUUCUGAAUGGGGAACUAUUCCAUCUGGGGUUCCCCAGGGUACCAAACUCGGGCCGUGGUUAUUCGUUAUCAUGAUAAAUGAUUUGAAAAUCCAAGAUUCGGAACUCUGGAAAUACGUCGAUGACACAACGAUGUCUGAAAUUGUUGAAAGAAACAACGAAUCCAACAUACAGGAGAAAGUUGAUGAACUUACACGACAUAUUUCUAUUGAUAAACUUACGCUAAACGAGUCCAAGUGUAAAGAGUUACGUAUUAGCUUCAGUAAAUCUCCUCCCGAUUUCGAUCCUAUUACCAUCAACAAUAAGCAACUGGAGGUCGUUGAAAGUGUAAAACUCCUUGGCAUGCAGAUAUCUAACGAUCUUAAGUGGAAUAGCCAUAUAUCUGUUAUUAUGAAGAAAGCGAAUAAGCGUUUGUAUUUUCUGAGCCAACUAAAACGUUCGAACGUGGGCAGUAAGGAACUUAUUAUCUUUUACUGUACUUGUAUAAGACCUGUUACAGAGUAUGGCUGCCCA